GACAGACAGAAAAGCAGUGAUAGAUGUGAUAAAAAUGGAGAGACAGUAGUCAGUUAGUGGGCAGGGUCCAGUGAUUUGUUUAAAUAUAAAUCCGAGCCCUAUAAGGGGUAUGUCUAAACACUAGUAUAAAAGCCUAAUUUUAGGUUAACUUCAAUCAUGGCCCAACUUUUGCCUUCUCCAAUCACCACUGUGCCUGCCAGCCGCCUCGUCUUCAACGCGCCGUUUGACGUGGAAAGGCCCUACAAACUUGUCAUAAGAAAUGUAGGGCGAAGGAAAGUGGCCUGGGCGUUGGGGCUGAGUAAUAAAAUAGAAAAUAACUUCCGAAUUGAGCAGGAUUCUGGAAUUAUUGAGCCACAACAACAGACGACGAUAAAAAUCCGGCUCAAUGCCGGUAUGGAGCCGAAGCACAGCAAACGUUUUGGAUCUUUUGGAUGAUUUCUUUCUUGA